AUUCUGUCUGACCGGAGUGGCUCCGUUACCUCGGAGAGGUGAGUGUGGAGUCGCAUUGACGCGUUGCGGGGCCGGAGGUGGGUUUCCUGCGCGUUUCGCCCGCCGAGCUCAGCCCGGGGCGGAAUUUCAGAAUGACUGAUACUUCUGAAGCUGUUCCAAAUUUUGAAGAGAUGUUUGCCAGUAGAUUCACAGAAGACGACAAAGAAUACCAGGAAUACCUGAAACGCCCUCCAGCGACCCCUCCAAUUGUCGAGGAUUGGAAUAGCAGAGCUGGUGGGAGCCAAAGAAAUAGAGGCAAUUGGUUGCAAGAUAACAGACAGUUUAGAGGUAGGGACAGCAGACGGGGGUGGCCAAGUGACAAUCGAUCCAAUCAAUGGCAUGGACGACCCUGGGGUAACAAUUACCAGCAGCACAGACAAGAACCUUACCACCCUCACCAGUAUGGAAAUUAUGGCUACAACCAACGGCCUCCCUAUGGUUACUACUGAUAGAAAUGUCAGCAGCUUUUACUAAAACUGUUUACUUUGUUAACAAGACAAACAUUUGUGUGUAUUUUCUGUUGGUCAUCAUUUUGCAUCUGACUUUAGAAAAUAAUUUUUUUGGAACUUGAGACAUUUCUUAAAAAAUAAGAUCUUCCUGGAGUGAUGUGAUGGUUGCUGGAAAUAAACACUUCCCUAAAAAAGUUGUGGAUUAUAUUGCUUGACUUCUACCUCAGACUCUUCGUUUCAUGACUUAAAAGUACCUUGAACUUGGUAUAUCUUUUCCUUGUUUGACCUCCAGGAGUUCUUUGUUUUACACAGAAAUAAAAUGGGAAUUUUAAAAUAGAAAAUGCUUGCUUUUACUUUGUAACAUAAGGAAGUAUCCAUGUACUUGGCUGUGCUCAUUCCUAAAAUUUUGAGAGGCUGGUAAAAAUCAACUAGUGAAUGCACAACUACACUUAGUUGUAAUGUAUUGUACAUUAACUUCAGAAGUUGGAAGGUAAAGCAAUUGUAGUAAUUACUCUUUAGGUAUGAGUCAGCUCCAUAAUCGUUUUGGUCUCUUUUUAUUUAUUUUUUUACUUUCAAUCUUCACCUGAGGAGUAAGGAUAUAUUUUCCAUCGAUUCUAGAGAGUGGUAGGGAACGGGGAGGAAGAGAGAGGCGAUUGGUUGCCUCCUGCACUCCCCCAACUGGGGGCAGGGGUGGGACUUCCAACCCAGGUGUGUGCCCUUGACUGGGAAUCAAACCAGCGACCCUGUGUGUGCAGGCCAGUCUCUCAUCAUUGAGCAACGCCUGCCAGGGCUUGGUCUUUUUAGAGGAAUAUCAAGAAUAAAACUGUAGCCCUAGUCAGUUUGGCUCAGUGGAUAGAGCAUCGGCCUGCAGAUUGAAGGGUCCCAGGUUCGAUUCUGGCCAAGGGCACAUGCCCGGGUUGUGGGCUUGAUCCCCAGUGGGGGGCGUGCGGGAGGCAGCGAUCAAUGAUUCUCUUUCAUCAUUAAUGUUUCUAUCUCUCCCUCUCCCUUCCUCUCUGAAGUCAAUAAAAGAAAUAUAUAUUUUUUAAAAACCAAGAAAAAAAAAACCUGUAAAAUGAGGAAGGAAUCAUUCUUAGUUUUAGUGUCUUGAUCUAAUGAUCUAGGGUGGGAUUAGGGCACAAUCAUUUUAUACAAACUCCAAACGUAGUAGGUAAAAAUUCAUACAUUAUACAAAAGUAUGACAAAAACUCUGCAAUAUUCCCCUUCCUCUUCAAUCAUGUAAAUAAGGUUGCAUUAUUUGACUUUACUUACUUUUAUGGUUCUAAACGUGGGUUGGUUUUACAAUGUUAUAAUCACUCAAAUGUGCACCUUUCUGCAUUCUCUUCUCUAAACACUGUGAUGCUGUCACGUCCUUUCAGGGUGAUGAUUAUAUUUCAAAUAACUAAUGGCCGUUACAUGGUUUUAUUUAAAUAAAAUGCUUAGAAUAUUAAUCCAUU